AUGCCGAGGGUUUAUACAGAAAUUGAUGGUGGGUUUAACAAUGAUGAUGGCAUGCCCCGGAGAAUUGAGUGGGGUGUAACGAGGAGAGGAAAAAGAGAACGUGGUAGAAUCAGUCGACUUUUUGCUAAUUUCUCUUCUGUUUCUAGGAGAUUUAGAUCGGAUUCUUCCUCCUUAGGUCGGGUUCGGGUUAGUCGGAGUUGGAGCUUGUCGGGUACUGGUUCGUCGGUAGUUAGCAGGUAUAUAUUGAGGAGGAAUAGUAACAGAUCUGGUGAUGGGCUCGGUGAGGUGUGGUUGCGGUGUAGGCGGUGUUGCUAUUGUGGCAGUGAUUAUUGUGGUGUUGUGGCGGGGUGA